AACAAUCAGUCACCUUUUAGUUUGAGAUGGCUCCUUCAGCGGCUGCUAGUGAAGACAGGAAAGCCUUGGUGAGGAGGAUGUUAAUAGAAGUUCUGAUGGGUCGAGAAGAUCCAGAGGGGUUCUUUGCGAUGUGUGUGUCCGCUCUGGGGCCCCAGGAGACCCGAUCUCAGUUCCUGGCCCUCAUCCAGCCCCUGUCCACGGCCAACAGCUCCCUGCACUCCGGCCUCACCUCCAUCUACGAGCAAUAUUUCUCCAAGACUGAAGAUGAUGAACUGCAACUCGCAUUGGCUCUCUCUCUACUGGAAGUGAAAGAUGACCAGCUGUCAACCCCCAGCCAAGACUCCCCACUUCAGCCACCUAGAGACAGACCAAAUCAGAGAAGCCCUGCUCAAAAGUCAACAGUAUCUCAGCCUCAGGGAAACAGCAACACCAAGCCAGCAGAUGGAGUUGGUAGGAGAGAACACACCAUCACAACACAAACUGAAGCCAGGUUCAAGGCGAGCCCAUUACAGACAUUCAGAGAAACUGAGCUUCAGAAAAACAAUGUUGACAAAUAUAAAAUGGGGACACCAGGGACAAGUCUGGCUGGGUGUGUCUCCAGUCCGUCCGGCUUGUUUUUAAAGCAAAACACAAUUGAAAAAGAUAACCAAAUGAUGAACGAGGGAGAUUGUAAUCAACCAGAGACACCAAAACGCUCUAAGAACAGGCGGCAGAGGCGUAAAGGCGCUGGCCAGAAGGUUGUAGGUUUGCCCUGUUCUCCAUCAGCACAACCACCCGUUCUGCUGUGGUUCAGGAGGGACUUGCGACUUGGGGACAAUCCUGCUCUUAUCGGCUCUCUGGAGGUUGGUUCACCCGUCAUCCCUGUCUUCAUCUGGAGCCCUGAAGAGGAGGAGGGACCUGGGAUAACAGUGGCUAUGGGGGGAGCCUGUAAAUACUGGCUUCAUCAAGCUUUGUCUUGUUUCUCUUCAUCUCUGGAGCGCAUUGGCAGCCAUCUUGUCUUUCUUAAGGCAAAUGGAUCAUCUCUGUGUACCCUUAAGGAGCUAGUAAGAGAGACGGGAGCUAGAACGGUCUUGGCUAACGCCCUCUAUGAGCCCUGGCUGAAGGAGAGGGAUGAUGAUGUAGAGUCAGCCCUUCAGGAAGAUGGUGUUGAAUGCAAGAUGUACCACUCAUACUGUCUCAGAGACCCCUACUCUGUCAGCACUGAGGGUGUGGGACUCAGAGGAAUAGGUUCAGUGUCUCACUUCAUGAACUGCUGUAGACAGAACCCAGGGUCUGCUUUAGGGGCCCCUCUGGACCCUCCUGUAUCUCUACCCACACCCGCGUAUUGGCCUCAGGGUGUCUCUUUGGAAGUGCUAGGCCUGGGUCGUAUGCCCCGCAGGAAGGAUGGCACAACGAUUGACUGGGCAGCUAACAUCCGCAAAUCCUGGGAUUUCAGCGAGGAUGGAGCAUGUGCCCGGCUAGAGGCCUUUCUGAAUGAUGGUGUGUAUAGAUAUGAAAAAGAGUCAGGCAGGGCAGAUGCUCCAAAUACCAGCUGUCUGUCUCCUUACCUUCACUUCGGUCAGUUAAGCCCUCGCUGGCUGUUAUGGGAUGCCAAAGGGGCACGCUGUCGACCCCCGAAGUUCCAACGCAAAUUGGCGUGGAGAGAUUUGGCUUACUGGCAGCUGACAUUGUUUCCUGAUCUCCCCUGGGAAUCCCUCAGACCUCCAUACAAGGCUCUGCGGUGGAGCAGUGAUAGAGACCACCUGAAGGCCUGGCAGCGGGGGCGGACAGGCUACCCUCUGGUGGACGCAGCCAUGAGGCAGCUGUGGCUGACAGGUUGGAUGAAUAACUACAUGAGACAUGUGGUGGCGUCUUUUCUAAUAGCAUAUCUCUAUCUCCCAUGGCAAGAAGGCUAUCGUUGGUUCCAG